AUGGAAGAAAAAGAGGAGCAUAAGGCAAUUGGAACGUCAAGUGCUAUGUUUAACGAUAUCGUGGAAGAGGAGAAUAUGAAAGACAAUAUAAUGGGUUCAGCUUUGAGCGCAUAUAUCGACUUUUGAAGAGGUUGUAUACAUUUUUAAAAGGAUCGAUAAUGGGCUGUGGUGGGAAGCUCAUCGCUGAGGAAGAAAAGGAGAACCCUAAAAGUAGGCAUGGAUUAAGAUACCGAACAAUCCGAGGUACAUCGGUCUGGAAUGGUUGUGGAGAAAUAAACCUCAUUCUCCUUGUAACAUAAGAAAAGAAAGCAAAAAAGUUAACUCUAAAGCUGUUGUUACACAACAAGAAACUGAUGGUACACCCUUGGUCAUUGUGGCUUCCAAUAAUCAUUCCACAAACAGUGGAGAUGAAAACAAAAAUCGCACAGAGGAACGCGAGAAGAAGAAGAGGAAGUUUGAAGGCGUCGUUGAAGCUGCCCUCUUUGAUGUCUGCCUCUUGAUGAAAAGGAGCUUUUUACGAGUACCACCUGAAUAGAGAUGAAUACUUGAAAUGUGCAACAAAAUGUGAGAAAAUUGCAGUUGAUGUUGUCGCUAAGAUGGAUAGUUUUGUUAUACAGGUCGUGUCUGCAUUUGAGCAGUCAAUGCUGUAGCAACAAGAGAAUAUCCGAUGAUAUUCUCAUGUGUAGCAAUAAUGAAAUUAUCCUUAUCAAGAAGACUAUUAAUCCAGUGGUCAGUUGGUUGCCUUUCGAUGCAAGAGACGGUUUGCUUGCAUUGACCCUCUUAGAGACGCCUAUGUUUUCGUUUUAAUGUAAAGCAUACAUUUUGUAAGUAUUUGGCUACCUUUUUUUCUAAAAUAUGUUUUCAAGGUUAAAGUUCCUAAAAAGAGGAUAAAUAUGUAACACUAUACCACCGCACGAGAAGUUCUAAAUCCAUACUAUUACAACUUUUACCCGCAAUAUAAAAUCAUGCCCAAUAGGGAAAUUUUAAAAUUACAUACGUACACGGCGAAUGGAUGGGAAAGUUGUUGAUAACUGGUUCUUGUGAAUGAAAGUGAUCCUCGCAGUAAUGCACACUACUUGAGCAGUAUUGGAAAUAAGGCCUGAAAAAAAAUUCAGGCGUGUAAGGGAUUUGAACCCAUACCCUCUGCGAUACCGGUGCAGCGCCUGAAUUUUUUUUUUCAGGCCUUAUUUUCACUACUGCUCAAGUAGUGUGCAUUACUGCGAGGAUCACUUUCAUUCACGUCUUUAUCCGCAGUUCAAAUAUAUGACUUUCAUAUAUUCUUAGCCGAUAACUGGUUCUGUUGUCCCGUUUGCUAAGCUCCAUGUUAGAGGCGACGUAGUGAGAGCAGAUCUUGGCCAUACCUGUGGAAAAUGCAACGUAAAGAAGAAGAAAAAUGAAAGGAACUUUAGGACAUCUCUCAGCAUCCUAUAGAGGAAAAGCUGCAAGGGACCAAGCACUGAACUGGCUUAGAAAAAGUGUGCCAAGUGAAAAAAGGUCAGAACGGAGGCGCUGGAAUAUAUAGCAUUAGCCACGGUAGAUGCAAUUUUUUAAGGCUUUCAUUCUUUAUUAUAGCCCCAUUCCAUUAACCACACAGUGCAUGACAGCAGAAAUAAAAAGACGAUUAGUGUGUCUACAACAUUCCAUCAUUUUGAAAAGUAGAUCGACCAUCCUUGGUUGCAACGUUUCACGACUUCCUGUAGAGUAGCCCGAUGUCGUAAGAAAUAACGGCCUGUGGAUAGCUUGAAACGACUCAGUUAACCUAAAUGGGAUUUGUUUUAGUUUUCUCCUCGCAGUUUGGUUUUGAAUAUUUAUUUCAAGUGUAUUUUUAAUUCACCCACUUAAGUGCGCAAAUGUCAAACGUUGGAACAUGUUGGCCCAGGUCUUAAUUAAACAUCAUUGUCUUUUUUAUCCACGAACAUCUAUUAUUGUGUUUGUUGUUUUAAUUAUGAAAACAUUUAUAUUGGAUAUAUUUAUGCAUUACCUUCAGCGCUUGAAUCGGGCUGGUUAAACAGAUGCUCGAUUCACCAGAAUUAAGUGUCUCCCGUUAACAGAAGGGUUCGUUAAUCCAUUGAGCCGCCAUAAAACGGCAUUUUUCGGAUUAACUAUAGUCUCUUCUUUCGCAAAUAGAAAAUUUGACCAUUGAGUUGACCAGUUUUGGGUGUGACUGUUGUCUUCGCAAACAUUGAAAGCAAUCUUUUGAUAAUAAUUUUCUUACCAAUCCACGUCAAAACUCCCCAACCGGUUCCAGUCGUUGUGAUGACAAGAAUAAGUUGGAGGCAGAACCAGAGCGUUUUUAUCAGCAUUCUUUUAUCUCGCCAUUCUGAACUGUCAUAGUAGAUGACCUUGUCGAGGAUAAUUGACAUUUUAGGCUUGUCACAAACUGAAAGACAAAGGGAUUCAAAACAAAGGACUAUUAUACAGUAAAAGGCUGGAAGACUAAUCAAAGUAAACGACUACUCUUGUCUAAUUCAAACCAGACAAUGCAGUAGCAACGCGGAAUAUUUGUCAACUUAAGCUUUGAAUCUACAGUGGUCAGUUCCUAUUAAUCUCUCAAAAUGCUUUAAUGACUUAUAUUUUCCAAUUUUUUAUGCAUUUCAGCCAUCUUUUUAUGAUUUCAUUACAUUUUUUGUUAGCUUUUUGUCUUCUCAGAGCUCGAGUGAGAUGUUUGCAUUCCGAUAUAACUAAGGAAACAAUGGACAUUUUUUGGUCGUCAAAAAAAUUCAGAUCAUUCCUAAGCUGAGUUGGAGUGUGUACAUGUACAUCUUUUAGUCACUGAAUUUUUCAGAGAAUGACAUUUCCAUACACAUUCAAGACUAAACCAACCUUCUUCCAUUUCUUACCUGUAGCUAUCUUUUAGAAGACUAAACUGUGAAUAAAUUCUUUGGGCGUUUUUUUUUUAGUAAUAGGCCGUUUCAGAGUUCCAAUCAAUUUUUCUUUCAAAGAAAGGCUAUGAGCAAAAGGUCUCUUGUGAAUAAAAAGGGUAAGUUGCUGAAGAAACUGUGGUGCUGCGUCAGUGGGUUAGUAUAACAGGACAAUUUGGUAUUAUCAAAUGAAUUGAUAACGCAAAUUGGCCACCGUUUGGAGUUUCAAAGCUGACGUUCCGAGCGUUCUGCGGAGGAAGAGCUCUGACGAAGGGCUAACACUCGAAACGUCAGCUUUGAAACUCUUGACAGUGGCCAAUUUACGUUAACAACUCAGUAGAUAAUGCCGAAUUAUCUUUCUUGUGAAGACUACUUUUGUUCGCAUGAAAAAAAAAAUUCAUUUCUGCACAGUCGCCCUCCUUUUAAAGCAUAGGCUUAAGGCAUCUCGAAAAUAGUCCAUUUUGAUGUGAUGCGGUAACUGAACAGGAAAGUAAAGUUGGUAAUUUAGUGUUAACAACUGAGUUGAAAACGUAAAUUAGCCACCGUAAAGGGUAAAAAAGCUGACGUUUCGAGCGUUAGCCCUUCGCCAAUCGCUCUAACGCUCGAAACGUCAGCUUUUUUAUCCUUUACGGUAGCUAAUUUACGUUUUCAACUCAGUUGUUAACACUAAAUUACCUGCUAUACUCUUCCACCGACGCAGCACCACGGUUUCUUUAGAAACUUACCCCUUUAUUCAGGAAUGUGAAGUUCUUAGGUUCGAUUUUUAUUACCCUCUUCACUAAAAUGCUCGCUGAGAGCAUGACAUCACAAUAGUUUGUGAACAGUCCAUGAUGGUGUUAUUCGCCAGAUUGUUCUCCUUUCAUUCGUGUAUUAUUUCUUGCCUUAAAAAUCAUAUACUAAUGUAAUUCUCUAAGAACAAAUAGUCAUAGACAUAAUUUUUUUGCUGUAGUUAGUUUUGUUGUGCCCCAUGGGCAGAUAUUUGAACGAAACAAUCUUCAAAAAUUCAAAAGACUGGAGUGGACGUUGAAGCUUCGAAUUAAUCGACGCAUAAGUUCAACAAACGAGUGGCGUUAACUGAAAUAGUUCAUCUCCUUGUGCGAUUUGACUCUGCCAAGUUAUGACAGCUAUGGGUAAGCCGAAAAGUUCGAAUAUUUUUUGUAAGUUGGUUGGGGAAGGGGUGGUGGGGUGUAAAUUUUUGCCGUACGUCGUCAUGGUAUGUUACAUCCCAAAUGUAAUUAAUUAAUUAAUAAUAAUUAAUAACACUUAUUUAUACCGCGCAAAUUCAGUUAUGUAGUUUUCAAAUGCGCCUUACAAUUAAAGAUAAUAAAGUAAAAUACAAUGUAUAAAAUAUAACAAUAUAUAGUCAAAAUUACACGAAUGAAUAAUUAUCUAAUCUAUAAAUUACAAUACUAUAUCAGAAAAGGCUUUUUUAAAAAGGUAAGUCUCCAAAAUUUGAAUACUAAUCCUCCCUUGCGUUGAUCAUUUAGCAUGGAUCUGUACUCAUAUUCUUUUUUACAUUUAAUUAGCAUUCUCAAGUUCUCUAUAAGGUUAGGAUGUAUUAGAAAUAGGAGCACCUUCAGUGUCCAUGCGCUUCACAAGAGGGGUGUUCAAGAUUAAGAAUUCUAGCAUAGAUUGACUUAUAACCCUGAAGUCUGGUUUGUGUAAACGUAUUGUUCAGAUUUGUCGUGAUACCUAUAUAGAAUCUGCAUAGUGUAAGUUGGUCGUCGUCAGUCAGUUUCGAUCCAACGGUAGCUUGUAAGGUCGUUCUGUUGGAGUUCGUUUGCAUGGUAAUUGUCGUUAAUAACUCAUUCGUAUGGUGCCGGUAAUUGUUGACAUCUGUCGGAAAAAGCUGAAAAACUGAUGAAUCAAUUGACAUCAAUUCUUCAUUCGAUUCUGAUGAUGACUUCCGCUAACGUUGUAAAAAAAAUCGGUCAGUAAGUACCGACAACAGUUCUUGUCAAGACUCUUCAUCCGGAGGAUCAUUGUCGCGUUGUUACCUGAUUGCUAUUCACCAUCAAGUAAGCCUUCAAAAGGGUGUCUCCCAAAGCAAACUUUUAUAAGAGAUUGUUGAGAGUUCAACUUUUUAUUGACCAACGUUUCAGAGUAAUUAAGAAUAUUUAAGUGUAGUUACAGAUCAGCGACUUUUCUUGUAUUUCUUGAUUCAACCUUUAUAGUUUGAUAAACGGAGAGUGUACUGUAUUUUGUAAUGUGUUAUAUAAUUUCGACCGACAGGUAAAAUAAAGAUAAGUCAUGAAAGCCGGUAGUCUGCUUACUAUAAAAGAUUACUUUAGUCCCAGUGAAAUAUCAGUUGCAUUCUAGUCCUAAAGGAAAAACUUCUAUUCCCACCGAGAAAAUUUUUCAUUAAAGGGCUUUGGGUAUUAGGGUGUACGUACUUCGUGUUCUUCGCACGAAAAUCCUAAUGGAAUCUGGACACGUGCUAAAUAUCCAUGAUCGGUAUGGGAUGGAAGGGAGCAGGAAAUGGGAGCAGGAAUUUAUUAAAAAAAUGACCGAUAUUAUGCACGCUUCAAAAUGAAAUAAUAGAGGUGAAAAUAACAGCAUUAAGAAGCUUUAGAAUGACUCUAGUAUCACCUUGUGCUGGAGCGUAAAUAACACUCGUAACGCGUGACGUGUAACGUGGCGUUACACUUGAACACGAAGGUAAGCGUUAAAUAAAUAAAUAUAGCAGAGAUCUUUGUGGUGCUUCAUGGUUUCCAUGGUUUUCAUGUUAAAAUGACGAUCUUAGAAGGUGCUUCAAGAGGACUCUCGCUGUUACUUUAAAAGUUGUGCAAUGUAGUCUGGUGAUUAGGUGCAAUUUUUGGCAUUCCUCACCGUAUUUCUCUCUCCAUAAUAAGUUGAAAGCUGUACUCUGCCCACAGCGAUUGCCAUGAAGCAGAGGAAUUUGGUAACAAUAGUCUAGUGGGUUUGCCCUUUUUUUUAUUUUUUAUUUUAUUUUUUAUUAUCGGUAUCUCUAUCCGCAGUCGCAGCAGUCAAUGUUUUCUUAGACUGGUGAAUGACGAGUUCGAUAUGCUUUGUCUAACCUUUUCCCCAGGAUAACGUGCUUCCUUCUUGGUCUAUCAUCGCGAUACAGUCGUCGACAGAAAUCUAAGAUCCUUUCAUUUGGUGCCUACUCCUAAACCUGAGUAACACGGCUUUAGCUUGCCUUGCUCGUAAACUCAUUUUUCAGGGAUUUAAUCGAAGCUGAAGCAGUUCGGUAACUUCGGAGUCAAAUUACAUGUUACAACAUUUUCUGUUUCAUGACGCCAACAACAAUGACAGGAACAACUAUUUUGACAUUUAUCACGCGACCCAAGUAUGCAGAAAUUUAGUCAUUUAGUGGUUGGCCUUCAUACAGUCUUGAAAAAAUCGUUGUUUCCAGGUGACACUGGAAUCACCAUUCAUGAUACGUGAAAAUGAGAAGCUCUGGGACGAGAAUGUGUGGACAAAUAACGCUGCCCUGGUGUUCAUAUUUCCACGAAUUCUCUUCUUGAAAGCCCCCAACAAUUCAAGUUGAAGCGUUUUAUCGUUCCUUUGUCCCAGACAUAAUCAAGUAUGCCCCUAAGAGGUGAAGGUAGCUUUGAAUCAUAUCUUGAAGAUUUAUGGGCAGGGAGUAGACAGAGAGAGGCAGAACAUACCUUGAAUUCGGAUGAGGCUGUAAAGCAGGAAGAAACUAAAGGAAGCUGCUGCAAGAAACUGUAUGACGCCAUUGAAGAGGGCGACCCACAAGAGGUCUGCGAACUUCUAAAGAGUGAAAAAUUCGAAAAUUUACCGCAUCUUAAGGACUUAAAUAAAGUUUCCAAAUCCAUUGCCGACACAGAGGGAAAAAAAGAUUGUUUCUGUAAGUUUAUCUGCUCAGAAUUGAAGAACUUCUGCGAGAACCUCAAAAAGAACCUCCUCAAGAACAACGGAGAGGAAGAUUUGCCAAGCGAGGAAGAUCGAGUAAACCUAGAAAUUCAAAGCAACCCUCUGUUCUUAAGUCUAAAAUGGCUGUGGAGGAAUAAUCCACAGUCUCCUCAGCACAAGGAAAGCAAGAAAGGCAAGGAGAGUAAGCUUAAAGACGUAAUUGAAGCAGCUCUUGAUGAUGCUUUUCUACUGGAGAAAAUGGCUUCGUACGAAAAUCCCUUCAGCCAUGAUAAAUACAUGGAUCGUGCAGAGGAAUGUGAAAAGUUUGCCAUCGACAUCGUUGAGCAAGUAAACGGCAACAAAGAGCUGCUGCACAAAGUCAUGGAUAUCGACGGAGAGGGAGCUUUGGUAAACAAGAAGUCCGAUAAUUUUAUUUGUAGCUUGAGUCUGCUCAAGAUGGCUGCUAAUAAAGAACGCAAAAUGGUGAGUGGUAGGUUGAUAAGUGUAAUUAAUAAAGGGGGUAACAAGGUAAUUUGGUAUUAUCAACUGAGUUGAUAACAUAAAUUGGCUACUGUUAAGAGGUUAAAAGCUGACGUGUCGAGCGUUCGCCCUGCGUUAGCCCUUCGCCAUUCGCUAACGCUCGAAACGUCAGCUUUGAAAUUCUUUACUGAGACCAAUUUACGUUACCAACUCAGUUAAUAAUACCAAAUGACCUCGUUAAUAUGUCUUCCAGGCUCCGCUUGAAAGUGAAAUUGAUUUUUCUCAGGCUUUCAUCUGCACUCAUAUAGGUAAAAUUUGACAAAAACAUAAUCUUGUAUUUUGUUGACAACCAAAAAACGUUUAACGAUAAUAGAGACAUCAGGCAUUCCGAGAAAUCGAAUUCUCGGAAAACGAAAUGAAGAACAAGACGACAGCGAGACCAGUUAUGAUAUGAUUUACAAGAUGACGAUGCUGUUAAGCCCAUAAAGGAUUCCAAAAUAUUUAAAAAAUUAUUAAAACCGUCGUAGGUAAAUGCAGGAGCCAAUUCAACACAGCGUAAACAAUUCCCGUAGCCGUGGUUUACAAUUUAUAACGCACUUUGCCUUCAAAAUAAUUUACAGACUUUAGGCAAGUGAAAAUAGGGUAAGGGAAGUACAAUCACUGUGCUUGUUAUGUAAUGUAACUGUCAGAAAACAACGUUUUUCGUCUUGUGAGUGUUACUGAAGUCGGUUAGCCUGCGUUUCUGAGGAUGCCAAUUCGAACUUGCUUUCCUCUCGUAAGCAUUUUAAUGAAUCAAGUUGGCUUGGUCAAACACAAGAAACGCAUUAUCACACACCCAAUAAUUAAACUUGGUACUUGUUUCUGACAGCUGUCAAUCACAGUGUUCGGAAUGCGCACGGGCUCUAAAAGAAAAAAGGAAUUUUUUUCUGUAGUCGAGUAUCGUCUUGCAUGUUGAUUAAAUAUCGUUGUGUUUACAUCCAAAGUUUCAGUGUUUAUUUAAGCAUAAACACCACAUCUGGCGAUGAGGAUCAAGCAUAGAACAAACAGAGAGCACUCCAAAAGCAUCUGAAGGGAUUUUCGAAGCGAUUUCCAAAGCGGUUUCCGAAGCAUUUUCUCCCGUAAACAUUAUAGCGAUUUCUCUACCAAACUUCCCACCGUUUGAAGUUCACCUCUUUGGAAAUGCAGGCCUGAGAUGGAAGAAAUGGCCAGGACGAUUCGAGAGACUAACCAUUGGAAUGGAAAUUUCCAAUGACAAGCAAAAUAGAGCCCUUUUGCUGCACCACGGCGGUCCAGAGGUUGACGUGAUCUUCGACACGGUUCAAGACGUCGGUGAAGACAAAGAUUACAAAAAGGCCGUCGAGAAACUAACCGCUCACUUCUCUCCGCAAGUCAACGUAACGUGCGAAGUGUACAAUUUCCGGCAGGCCAAGCAAAAGGAUGGAGAAACCCUCGACUGUUUCCAUACACGUCUGAGAAGCCUAGCGAAGACCUGCGAUUUCGCAAAUGCAGACAAGGAAAUCAAAGAACAGAUCAUCUUCAACUGUAAGUCUAAUUCCCUACGACGCAAAGCUCUGCGUAGACUUCGACUUAUCUGGCCCCAUGAAGGCUGGUAGAGCCUUAGAAUUAAGCGAAAUACAAGCAAAGGAGUUGGAGAAUCUCCAUCAAACCGUAAGCGCGGUAAAGUGUAACAAGAAAGGAAACUCAACACAUCUCAAAAAGACACAGAAUCGGCAGUAGUCACACACUCGCUACGAGUCACACAAUCGCAGCAACUCCCGAAAAGACGAUGGUAAAUGUAGAACUGUGGUGAACCAUACCCUCACAAAGACUCAUACACUGCGAAAAACAAGAAGUGUAAAUCCUAUGGCAAACUAAACCUUUUUGCCCGUGUUUGCAGAAAUCCAUUUGAGUCACCAAAUCCACCUGAGUUAGCAAACGCGUCACGUUUGAAGACACGGCUGAAAAUGACGAAUACGUUUACACGAUAGGCGGUGACAAGCAACCAACUUGCAAACUCAAGACGGAUGGAAAACAAAUGGAAAUGAUGGUCAACUCCGGUGCAUCGGUCGAUCUAAUGGACGAAGGCACCUUCAGGGAAUUAUACAAACGGAAGGUAUCAGAAGUCACCGAGCGCAGAAUUUUCCCCUACGGAUCAUCCACACCUCUACCUGAUCUGGGAACUAUUGAGGCCGAAAUAUUCGCUAACGCCAACGGCGCAUAGACAACCCUGCAUGUCAUCAAAGGUGCUUCAGGAAACCUCCUGGGUAUUAACACCACCACAAAACUUGGCGUGUUCAAGAUCAUCAACCAAGUCAAACCUGACGAGACCAGUCCCCGGUCCCCCGUCAACGGAGAUUUAGAAAGCCUGCUCGGUGGAAUGGGCAAGUAAAAGGAAAGUCAUCAAGCUUCACAUAGACCUUGACGUCAUACCCAAGCAACAACCGCACUGUCGAAUUCCCUUUCAUUUCAGAAAGGAUGUCGAGAUGGAGUUAAAGCGAUCAGAAGAGCUAGACAUCAUCGAGACCGUAACAGGCCCAAUGCCCUGGGUGAGCCCUGUUGUCAUAGUCCCCAAGAGCUCUGGUUAAGUGAGAAUAUGAUGCCAACAAGGCUGUUAAACGAGAAAAACACCUGUGUCGACCAUAGACGAUCUGGUUGCUGACCUCAACGGAACUGGCACCAGAGAGCCGCUACAUUAUCGCACACACGUCGGAAUCCGAAGAUACGAGCGCCUCGUGUUUGGAAUUAACGCAGCAUCCGAGAUCUUUCAGAAAGCAAUCAAGGAAAUACUCACAGGCCUCUCAGGAUGCAAGAAUAUCUCCGAUGGAAAAACUCAGAAGAAACAUGAUGAGAACCUCCGUGGCGUACUGGAACGGCUCCAGUAACAUGGCGUGCGCCUGAACAAGGAGAAAUGCGCCUUCUCGAGGAGUGAGAUCAAGUUCUACGGACAGAUUUUCAGCAAGAACGGAGUCAACGCAGACCCAGCCAGGAUCAAGGCGAUCAUUGACAUAAGCAAACCAGAAGGUGUUAGGGAUGUGAAGUCUCUACUGGGGAUGGCUCAAUACGUGUCCCGUUACAUCCCAGACUAUGCCACGAUAACUGCUCCUCUACGGCUGUUAACCAAGAAAGACAUGUCAUGGCAGUGGGCCGACGAACAGUAACAAGUAUUCGACAAGUCGAUAGAUAGCAUGACCAAGAAUCACGUGAUGUCAUACUUUAACCCAAGACUCAGGACUGAAGUGAUAGUCGACGGGAGCCCAGUCGGACUCGGAGGAUUUUUUGGUGCACGAUAGCUCUAACUUAAAAGCUAUCAGUGAGCACCCAGUGACGUUGAGAGCAGAUAUUCUCAAACCGAGAGGGAAAUGCUGGGAGUACUCUGGGCAGUCAAACAUUUUCAUCUUUACUUGUAUGGAUGGUAGUUCAUCAUUGCCACAGACCACAAGCCACUCUUGGGAAUCUUUAACAGUCACAAGCCAACGUUAGCGCGUAUCGACAGAUGGAAGCUGAGGCUCAUGCCCUACAACUGUCAACUCAUCUACCGACCUGGCAAAGACGCUGGGAAUCCAGCCGAUUUUAUGAGCCGCCAUCCAUUUAACAUAGACAGAGAGGAGCCCAACAUUGCAGAAGAUUAUGUGAACUAGGUACGCAACCAGGCAAUGCCAAAAGACGCUGCAAGAAAUCAAGUUAGAGUCGGAGAAGGGCAUUUCGCUGCAAGCACUUAUCAAGGCCGACAAGACUGACCAGUGGACACAUCCCGAAAUACAGGAGUACAGAAAUUUGAAAGAUGAACUCUUGGUCAACCGAGGAACUGUACUGGGGGGAAACAGGAUCGUAGUCCCGAAAGCACAAAGAGACAGCCGUGGACCUAGCUCUGGGCACCAAGGAAUCACAAAAACAAAACGCCUCAUCAGAGAGAAAGUUGGUUUCCCGGUGUAGACAAGGUGGUUAAGGAGAAAGUCAACAACUGUUUACCAUGCCAAGUAGCAACUACUAGCAAGGCAGAACAACUCGAACCUCUAAGGAUGACACCGCUACCAAACGCUCAUGGAAAGAACUCGCGAUGGAUUUUCUAGGACCACUCCCUUCUGGAGAGUACCCCAUGGUCGUCAUAGACGAGUACAGCCGUUUCCCAGAAAUUGAAAUUGUCACAUCGACUUCUGCAUGCUAGAUCCACCAUCCCGAAGCUCGACACAAUUUUUGCUAAACAAGGAAUUCUUGACGUCUUAAAGAGUGACAAUGGACCCCCUUUAAUGGCAUGGAGUUCAAGAACUCUGCUGAACAUCUGGGUUUUCACCACCGUAAAAUCACGCCACUUUGGCCAAGAGAAAAUGGCGAAGUGGAGCGUUUCAUGAAGACACUAAAGAAAUGCGUGAGAGCCGCCACCGUUAGGCACAAGAACUGGAAACAAGGACUCUAUAAGUUUCUAUUACAGUAUCGAGCGACACCUCACUCGACCACAGACAUCUCACCAUGUGAAGCACUUAACAUAAUAAUAACCAGUAUUAAUAUAGCGCACAUAUCAAAAAGAACUCUCAUGGAUUAACCAGAGGAAGCUUAAGACUUCUCUACUAGAAGAGACACCACCAGUUCUUGAGAAACAGAAGAACACGACAGAUAGGGAUGCAGAACAGAAGAUGAAGAUGAAAGCAUAUGCAGACCAAAAGUUAGGAGUCAGAGAGAGACACAGUUCUAAUCAAGCACCAAAACGCAACAAGCUAAGCCCCCCGUUCAGUCAAUUACCUCUCGUGGUUUAAGAAAAAAACGGAUCUAUGGUUACGGCAAGCGAUGGGAACAAAACUGUCGCGCGGAACUCAUCCAUGUUCAAAGUUACCCCCAGCCACAUUAAGAAUGCUUAAAAGAUAACACAAGAGCAGGCAGACGAAGAUUUAACAGCAGAAGUUUCGGAACUAGGCAAGUACCAAGUUCUCCAAGCCCAACAAUUGAACUUUGUGACAAUUAAACACCUUCCAGUUUAUCGUUUUUAACUAUUAGAGAUACGUUGUUUAAGUCGAUUUUUUAGAUAUACACGUAUCUAAAAGUUUAUAAUCAAGAAGGGGAGAGAUGUAGUGUUUCUGACAGCUGCCAAUCACAGUGUUCGGAAUGUGCACGUGCUCCAAAAGAAAAAAAGAAGUUUUUCUGUAGUUGGGUAUUGUCUUCCAUGUUGAUUAAAUAUCGUUGUAUUAAAUAGACACUGAAACUUUGAAACAAAGUUUCAGUGUUUGUUUAAGCACCUCUAAAACAAAAUUUUGGCUUCUCAUGAAGAAUUUUGGGCCGGAAUUUUCGACUUUAAUUUGCGAAAGUAAGGAAUUGAUCUAUUAUUUAGCUCAUUAUGUAUGCAGGAUCUAGCUCAUAUACCGGAAACAUUAGACUUAUUUGACGUAAAGGAAAAGACAGGGAAAGGAAAAUGACAAUUCGAAGACUUAAUGUCUUUCAAUUUCAACAGUGUCUUUCGUGAGGUACACUCCAUUUAUUUGUUAAUUUUCAGUCGUUCCCGGCUCUCCGCCUCUAUGCAUUCUAAGAUGAUCACCCAGAACACUUUUAAGGGUGGCGUCGAUUGGAAAUUUCAGUCAUUUUACGCUACAGCAGCACUAAAAACGCAUUAAACUACUUUGGCUAGGCAGCGCCAGACUCUUUCACAAAGAGGACGCGAGACGCAAAAGCAAAUUUAAACCUUUAUCGGUUUAUUUGACGGUAUUAACCCUCGACGAAACCUCGCUUGCAAACAUUAAAUUAACCUCGAUCGGAAUAAGAGAAUGGCUGAACAUAAAAUUGGAUUUCAUUGCAAAUCUAAAGUGGUAUGUUUUUUCCAAGUCUUGCCCUCAAUAACGAGUAACCAAGCGAUUCUCAAACCUGUUGAUGAUGCUGGAUCUCAGCAUCAAUUCAGGGAAGUGAAUUUUCUCAUAAUAAACCAAACAUUUCUCUAACACUUGCCAAUCGUUGUCUGUCGUCUUGCAUUGACAAACGUUAGAAUUAUUUCACGCCUUCUUUUGCACAAAGCCACUCGCAAGGAAUUUCAUUUUGACUGCAGUUUCACUUUGGUUCUAUUUGAUUUUCAGUUUGUGGCAAGCCCAAACUGUCAAUUUGUUCUUGACGAAGUCAUCUACUACGGAAUCCCUGGUUGGCGAAAUAUGGGAAUCGGGAUUAAAACAUUCUGGUGUUUGCUCCAACUUUUACAGGUCAGCGUUAUGAUCCCCUUUUACAUCCCACUUAAGUUAAUUCGCAAGAAUUUCCCGUGCUGCCGCGGAUGUGACUCCAACUGCCUGAGAGAGCUGUACCACUGGCUGAUAAUGCUAUAUGAGCAUCCUUACUCGAAGUUUCUUAACCACACCUUGUCAUACAUAAUAUUUUUGGCUUUAAUCUUUGGUUCAUCUUUUGAGCACAAGUAUGGGCCUGGUGGUGCAGGCCUUACGUGGAUUGGUAAGUUGAUUUCAUGUGAAUGAUUCAUUUCAAAUCUUGGCUUCUUUAAAGGGCGAAACGGAAACUUGUGUAAGAUAUAUUUUAUUUUGAUAGUUAGUCGUCACGCAAAAUCCAAAUAAGUACUGUAAGAGGAAAUUUCUUAACACAGAAAGUCGGGAUUUUAUCUUGCCACCUUCCACCAAUAAAACCAGAGGAAUUGAAGCGCUUUUGAGUCCAACUGUUUCAGAGGCCCAAUAUUGUAAAUUAGUACGAAGAUACAUCGAAAACUUCAGUAUUAGACUCAGAGAACCAUUUCCUUGGAAACAUAAAAUCAUGACAGACAUUGUAGGUAGUUGAGAAAAUAAGGCUCGGCCCUUCAUGACUUGCAAUUCAAAUGCAUCUAUUUUUCUAACACUUGACAAAUAUUAAGUAAAUAAAUCAUCCUUUAUGCGGCUGGCAUGUCGGCUAUAAUGUCCACGGCUGGUUUAUGAAAAAUGACUAUUUGGCCGAGGAGAAAAACUACGAGGGCAAUCCCUCAGCCUAGGAUAUUAUCAGCAGACAUAACGGCAAGCCAGAAGAGAGUUUAUUUACUUUUUAACCCUCUCAUUAAUUUUCGUACCGCGGGUUGACAGCAAAUUUUGUUGACUUUUUGUACUUUUCAAAGUAGUAUUUGAGAUCAGCUUUUUAAUGUCACUAUCACUGGACUCUACAGUUCGUUUUUUCCUUCCAUGAACCGUAAUAAAAAUGAAAAAGUGAAACCCCUGAGCUGGUUUUUUCCCUUGCCUGUGUUUCUUUUCGACGGAAAUAGUCGAAGCACAAAUAUUGAUGUAAACGGUACCACAUGAAGAAAAUUAGCCAAUAGAAUCAGUUGGAAAUAAAUGAGUGGGCUAUAAUUAACAAUUAAUUGCUGAGGGUAAAGUAAGAUUGUCGAGGGGAUUUUUCAACUACAUUCAAUGAGCAUGAAGUGAUUCAUUGUCUAGUAUAAUUGUUCAAGUGCUUCCGAAUUCUGUUGUAAUUCGUUUUGCUGUUGAAACCAUCCUGUAAUAAUUGUUUAGAGUCCUCGUAUAGAGAUAAGGAACCAGUUUCCAUUAGAAUUUAACAGGUAUAUUUUGUUCAAUCAGGAAAACUCCAUAUCUUUUUUUUGAAAAGAGUUCAUCCAAACUUAGUGGCAUCUCUUGUGCUCCUCAGAAUUAGAUUUUCUUCUCUCAUGUUUAUCACUUCCUUCGUAACUUUGACAAAACGCGAGGGAGCCGUUUUGAAAUGGGCCCCUGCUAUAAUCACCUCGCGCGAGGUGAUUAUGGUGAGAUAUCGCGCAAUUCUAAAGCCAUUGGAGUGCGUGCAUUUCUAUACACACCUGAGCAGUUAUACUACACAGAAAUAUCCGUAAGCGCCAUCAUAACAGGUGAGCUACAACGCUUGCCUGUUGUUUUCAUACCUGACAAGAUCUAGGGGACAUAUUCAGAAGAGAGCUGCUAUGGAGUGCAAGCAUUUCGGAGUUUGCAAUUGAUCCUUGUACAACAGCUUUACUUAUAACUUGAUUACUUACUCCUACCCACAGAUUUGGUUAUAAUGCACUUCGUCCUCGGCCUUCUCAUACAGGAAAUCGUGGAAGCCUGGAGGCAAGGUGCUUUCAUUUACUUCUCAAAGUGGUGGAAUGUUGUUGAUACAGUGAUUAUCCUCGCAUUCAUAGGGGCCUACGGUCUAUGGUUGAUCGCGUGGGGCGUUUACGGAGAGUGGAAGCCUGAAAAAAAAGUUUUCAUCUAUGCAGAUGGCAUUUAUGCCAGUGCCUGCGUCGUGGCCUAUUUUCACUUGGCACACUUUUUCCAGGUCAAUUCAACGCUGGGUCCCUUACAGCUGUCACUUUACAAAAUGCUGAGAGAUGUCCUUAAGUUUCUUGCCAUCUUCCUCCUUCUCUACUUUGCGUUUGCUACUGGGGUGGCCAAGAUUUACUCGUAUUAUGUUGCCUCUCAAAUCGAGCUCCAAAAGCGGGACACCACAACCACUGACCACCAAGUUUCUCAUCCAUUAGCUUUGUGAGUAUUCCAGUAUAUCUUUGAAUUUUUCUCAGGGGUCGUUCUCGAGCUAGGUUUCGGUUUCAAACUAUUACUGAACACUAUUUUGUUUCGUGCUUAAAAUUUAUUUUAAUAACAUGUUUCCAUGAUUGAAAAACUUGAAAUAUUUCCCAAAAUACUGGGUAUUUUUAUUCCCCCACUACCUUUUAACUCUCCUUUGCGAACUAAGAGACGAUCACAGACGAUCGAGAGAAACCUAAAAAAAAACGGGAACUGACGACACCUGUUAUAUAUAUUUCAAAGUUGUUCGCCCGUUGCAAAAUUUGAUUAGUCAUGAACUCAUAUUGAUCGCAGAGCCUAGUCCAUGGCUAUAACAUUAGUUUCCAUGAAAAAAUUGAGAUAACAUUUCGUUCUCACAUCUUUUUUCAGACAUGCCAACACUUUCAUUGUCUUGUUUUGGUUGCUGUUUGGUGGUGGUGGACAGGAGGAGAGCAUUUCAGUGCAGGAUCAAGACUUCAUGCUCAUUACCAAGUUUGGUCGAGUAUUUAUGGGAGCCUACGUCAUAUGCACCAUCCUUGUUGCCCUCAACAUGCUGAUUGCUAUGAUGAACGACUCAUUCCAUAAAAUCAAGGUAAUUUUAAAGGGUUAUUUUGGUGCUAAGUUAUUCUACAAACAAACCAGAGACAAAAGCUGAAAAGUUAACGCAAAAAAAACUGACAAAAGUUUAGGUGUCUCUGCAAUCACGGUACAAGCUUCUUUUAAAAGUUAAUUUGUUCUUAUUAACUGUUCUGAGUUGAUGACAUAAAUUGCUCACCGUAACGAGUUUCUAAAGCUGACGUCUCGAGCGUUAUUAUCUCUUUGUUAGCGAGAAAAGACGAAGGGUACUGUGACGUAAAGCUGACGUUCGGAAAAUCGACCGUAGAAACUUUCUAGAUGACCAUUAUACAUUAUCAACUCAGAUAAUAAAAACUGAAUUUAUUCAUUAGUUAUUUUUUAAGGUAACAAAACUAUCACUAUGGCAAUUCAGACUAAAUAUUAGAAAAAGAAGAUCGCCGAAAUCGUUUCAGAGUCACAUGCAAAAGAGAUGAUUACGUUAAAAUGCAAGGUACCGGUUCCACUAAACAACCUUAGGACACCCCUCUUCCCCCUGCUAUAAAUUAAGAACGCUAAGAAACAAGUCUGACGAUAACCUCUCCUGCAAGCCUUAGUUAGGGAAAUUUCCCCAACUUCACAUUGAAAUCACCAACCACUGAGCUCUAGUCUCUGUACAUGAUGCAAGUUGUUGUCUGUUUUUUCAAUGCUCAGUUAAACGUAACAUAUGCACUUUUUCUCAGAAAAACGCUGUUGUAGAGUGGAAAUUCUCAAGAACCCAAAUGUGGCUGGAAUGGAUCGACAAAGGCAACUCUGUUCCGGUUCCAUUCAAUAUUCCAUACGUCGUUCUCUACCUUUUCUUUCCGUUUCGGUGCCUCUUUCGUAAAUCACUGUGUUUCAAAGGUGAACAGGUACGAAAUUUAAUUUUAAACUUCACCGCCCCUACUUUAUUCUUCUUUUAAUGAUCCAAAUGAAUGUCCCGUAAUAUUUAAUUUUGGCAUCCAGCGUUUGAGCGUACAGAGAGCCGACUGGUUCAAUUGGCCAGUUCAAAUCGUUUGUCUAGCCAAUUAGAGCACGUAAUAAGUAGUGCGUAGUUAACAAAAUCUUUAACACUCAUUUCCAAUUUAAAAUGUUAUCCUGGUGAAGAAAUCAGUCUAAUUUUUGUAAAAAAAAAAAAUUAGGUAAGAAAAUCAAGAAAAAUUAAGAGAUUGUGCGAUGAUUUGGAUGCCCAUUUGAUGGUGAAUAAUAUCCAUAGUUGGUUUAUUCGAAUGCAAACGUCAGCGUGCGUUCAGUCUACUACAAUUUGACGUCAUUUAAGAUCCAUAACUGAAAAGAAGUAGGUCAAAUGGAAUCUGUUUGUUAACCAUAUACGUGAAUUUAUUAUUCUUUUUAAUAAAAAACAGAACAACGAAGUCUCAAUAGAAGAUAUUCCCGGAAGCAAUUUUGAACGAUGUGACGACAGCAAGGACUCAGAAACUUUCGAUAAGAAGGUAUCCUUCGCAAAUUUUUGUACAUUUGUUUAUUUGGAAAUAUUUCUGAAAGUGUAACAUAUCGUUAAGUAACCACAGCCGCCGUAAUAAAAGAAUAACAUAACUCUAGUUUGAAAAAUUCAGAGACUGAUUGAACUAAUUAACUGACUCAGAGCUAACUAAUCGACGUUCACGAAAUGAACUCUUCACUUGGGUGGGAUUUGACACUAAAUUAACAAAAAAAAUCUAUUUGGGGCAAAUUAUGCAUGGAUAUUUGUACACGAUCAAUAAUUACUCCGAGAGAUCGAGUAAUUUAAGGAACAUAUCUAGAUGUCCCACGACAUCUAUACGGCAAUAUUUUGGAGCCAAAAAGAUCCUACCAUGUUCAUCAGCCUUCCAGCAUUUUUUUUAUUAUUAAUUUUUUAGCAGGACAAAAAGGUUGGCUCAAACACUUGUAAAGCAUGAUAAGUGGAUAUUUGAUGGAUUAUAAAUGAAAUUGACAAAUUUUCAACUAAAUGGGGGUAAAAGCGAUAGACAUUUACCGAGCCGCAAAGCUGCGAGGUAAUAUCCACCACUUCUACCGACAAUGGGGUGAAUAAUUGUUUUAGUAUAUACCAUACAGAAACUAAAACAAUACUUUAUAUCUCCCUAUAUACCGAAAGAUAUUAACCUAACCCUUGACGCGCGAUUUUGCUUAUUUGGCUAUUCCGAGUAGAAUGGUACUUGCUAAUUACCUCCGAACUAGCCAAUCAGCGCACUCGAAAAGCACUAUUCACCUGAGUAUAUGAUACUAAGGUGAAAUAUCUGAAUCGAGCGAAUAGAAGACAAUUUUCUCUAGUCUCCACUUUAUCUAGCUGAGGAUCAGAAGGAAAGUAAGGACUUUCAAUCUAAACGAUAGUUUUAACUCAAAGCAACCUUGUUCGAAACAUUCCUAAUGAAGCCUCGGUAGAUGAAUGCUGGUUACCACCACGAUCAACAUGAUUAACGAAAGUAAUAGGACCGAGUGGACUCCAAUUUGGCCCGUAAUCAUACGAGUGAUUAACAAAAUCGGACGACAGCGAAGCGAGAGUCCGAUUUGUCAAUCACGAGUAUGAUCACAGACAGAAUUGAACGACACAAAGUCCUGUUACCAACUGUUAGUUAACUGUUACAAUUUCCGAAAACAAAAAAUACAUUUAGGACAAAAUAUGUGCAGAAGAGACAUUCUCUAAGAAAAAAAAUUCCUCAAUUUUGGAAGUUCCAUGAUUUUUUUUUGGAUAAAUGAUUUUUGCUUUGGUUAUUGUGAUUAAUUCUGUGAUUGGUGGAUUUGACUGAAAGGACUAAGUAUGAUUGGCUGCUUCAACUGUCCGAUUACAGGUUUCUGAUUACAGGUUUCUGAUUUAAGCCAACUCUACGAUUCCACUGUCCAAUUACAACUCUACAGAAUGAUUAGUGAAAAAUAAAGCAGCUGAUGCACCAAUCACAUUUGAGGAGAUUUUAAUGGUGAUGAUUAUGCAAUUUAUUGGCAAGCUCUCGUGUACUAAUACUAAUGCCAUUUAAUUAAUUAUUCUUACGUUUCACUCUAGUCAAUGAAACAGGACCGCCCUGACGCAGUAAAAACUUUGGUCGUAGAAUAUCUGAAAAAGCACUACGAAGCCAAAUGGAAUGAAUGUAGGGCGAAAACUGCCCGAAGUGACUCUGAAAGAGAUCUACCAUCAGUAUGCUCAGGCUGAAGAUAAUCCUUGUUUGCUUUGUUUUGUUUUAAAUGCGAACAGACCGAUGUUUUACCGUAGUCCGUACAGUUUUCGUUUAUUGAUGCUAGAUGGUAGUCUUUCACUAAGGCCAGAGUUGACGGAUGUACAUACUGUAGGAAAGCUAGUGAAGAUUUAAUGAUAUACAGAGUCGAAAGUUUUUAGGGUAAAAAAAAGUUGAGAAGCCAACUUCAACGUUUUAAAAACGGCUAUUACCAACAGAGGUCCCCAAAUUUGUAAUGACCACAACUGUUACUCUAAGAAUGAUGAUUAAUUUCUGAAAUCAGAAAAUUUUAAAAAGUAUGCUCUCAGAGAUGCAGUUUCAACUCCAUCUUCUCCAUUCCAAAGUAUCUAUCUUUGCUUGAGUGUUACCACGAUAUUAGCUUAAGAUUGGCUAAACCACUUUGAAAGACGGGAGGUUUAUAUAUCGGUAUUUCGAAAUACACCAGGUUCUAGAAGGUUUGACUGAUGAUUACUUACUAAGUUAGAUUACGCAUGCAUUUGAUUUGUUUUUUCUCAUGAUCUAUUGGAGGACAGACGCAUAGAUGACGUCACUAUUAGCAACACUUUCUUUUUUAUCAUAUAAAACAGAUAGAUUCCAUGGUGCCGUGGGUUUAUUCUAGACUGAUAGGGACCUUAAGCAAACCACGAUGGCGAUGGCAGCGAGGACGUGACGAAACAAAAGAUCUAACGAGCAGUACAAUGGCUCACUCAGCACGUGCAUUUUAAAACUGUGCACAUUUCUUCGCCGUUCUCUGCAAAAUAACAACGUGAAAUCAUCAAAAUUUGCGUGGUACGAGAAAGGAAACCCUAACGGCAAAUUAUUUCAGUUUCUAUUUGGAACUCAACGCCGCCUUCAUUCUUUAUGCUAAGGUUAACUAACGGCGUCGUAAGAGAUGGUAAACACAUCCAGUCAGUCGCGAAAUUCCGACUAAAAAUUUGUAUUCAUUUUUAAAUAGACGUCUUCCUUGGCGUUGCCGUCCUAACUGCUAAAGGUCCCUAAUCGAUCACAGAAGACACCAAAAUAUGAUAAGAAUAUCAGGACACUCGGCCGUAUUUUUUACGUUCCGUUUAAGGUUCUUAUCACAACUUGAUGUCAUCUGUGAUCUAUUACUGAACAGAAGCACAUGUAGGCUGGAUGAUGUAUGUAUAUUAAGUAAAAGUUACAUGUUGAUCACUUCUGGGAUUUAAAGGGUUAAACAAAUCAAAGCUAGAAGCAAAUAGCUGAAGAUGAGCCAAGGAAGCUAGUAGAUCCAGAGAGGCUGGUAUCGCCAGUUUAAUCGGAAUGUAUUCUGUUACUUUUAGUUAACUUGGUUCCUGCUAGUUUUUUUCUAUUCUCAGACAAGGAGGUUGAGUUUCAGACUCCAAAUACUUAUACAUAAGGAACGAGUGAUUUGGCCACAGUUGUUGACUAGCCAUUGUUGUCAAGACCUUUUCAGUCAAGACCUUUUCAGUCAAGAUCUUUGUUCAUGGAGCCCAUAUGUCUCCUGUUGCGUUUGAUGAUGACUUGACAAGACAAAAAGAUGAUGUGCUACGAGCAGUCCUUCCUCUUCGGCGAAGGCUGUCGCGCGAGUCCAAAAUCUAAGAAUAGCUAAGGCCAACUUAUGGAUAGAAUAAUCUAGAAAGGAAACAUGUUCGUCAAAUUGAAAUUAGUAGUCUUGUAGCAAAACUUGCAUGGUAAAGAUUAAAGUGACUAAAAGAACUCC